AUGCUGAACACCACUCCACUAAGCAGCACCAUUGAUACUACUAGUACCACUUGUACCGCGCUAAUCCUGCUCCCUUCUCGGCAGCGCCCCGCACGCACACGGUCUCUCCCCGCCCGGAUCAACCUCCCAUCCCAAGCUCUCGCGAGUAUAUCUGAAGAACAUAGCGAUGGCCAUAAUCAUAAUCAUAAUGAUAAGCAAGGUGUAGCUGAACUCCGUAGCCGGAUUCAACGUCCCGGCGCAAAGAAGUCUGAGUAUCUUGAGUCACCCAAUCCCGAACCCCAGUUCAAAUCGAAGUCAACGUCUGGGCCAUUUCUUGGCGCUGAUUCUGACACCACCACUACCAUUGCCACUGGUACUGUCCAACCAAGGCUCUUGUUACAGUGGUCCAAAUCAGACCCGAGUCCAUUGACUAGGAAUCAGCUUGGUGAUAAUACAAGCGCGAGCUCGAAUCCGAAGAAUAAAGCGAAGUUGAGAAUCCGGACAAGAACAAGCUCCUCCUCGCUGUCGUCAAGGUUCAAUUUCGAUCGAGAUUGUGGGAUUUGCUUCGACCCCGCCGUCCGACCAUCCCGAACGAAAUGUUGCGGGAAGGUGUUUUGUGAGGAGCAUUUACAUGACUGGCUUCACGGAUCUUCGAACCGCUGCCCGGCCUGUGCGUCAGAAUGUCAUCCACAAACCGGCACAAUCUCGCUCGCGCCUCCUAUGACACCGACUAUACACAAUGUUCCGAUGGGUCUUGUAUCUACUCAUGCUCUUGCUCGUACUCCUCGUACUCCGCCUACUCCCCGCACUCCGCCUUCUCCUCCUACUCCACGUUCCCCGCCCUCUCUCCUUUCACAACCUCUUCCCGUCUAUGCACCCGCACCAAUCCGACCAUCAUUGACAUAUUUCGCCAAUCUUACCAACCUCAAGAGUUCCAUCAGCACAAACAGUGAUUCCCUUGAUCCCGCCUUGGAUUCCACUUCCGAUUCUGAUUGUGGCUCGAGAUUGCUCAUACAUAGACCUUCAGUAGAUAGACCUCCUGAAACUAGUAGUGGUCCGAGCCCUGACAGCCCUCGCUCCGCCACGCUCCUCCUAAUGCUCAACGCCGUCAGCCAAUCCCUCACUCAGAAAAUCGCUCGGGGGCUUGCGAGGCGUGAUACAAACCAGGAUUUUGGGUAUGACUCCGCAACGCCCCAUACGGAGGUGGGAUUACCUCCGGCUCUGAGUCGUUCAGGUUCCCCUGAGUCGUCUUCUUCCUCUCCCAGUUCUCCCAGGAGCCCGUCUUCGUAUUUUAACUUUGACUUUUGUCCUGAUCCGGCUCACCCUUCGGACCUCCCCACGCGUUCCGAAUCCCCUUUUCCCUUAUUCCCACCAACUCGACUCGGUGGGUUGUCGUGUAUCGAGCAUGAGAGAAUGGGUGAUCAAGAUGCACUGGUUCGGGGCUUGUCGGACCUAGGAAGCAAGAUGCUUGCGCGGGUACUGAGUAUGGUUGGGAUGGUAUUGGUUUUGUCUGUGUUUUUCGUGGGGAGGACAGAAUCGGGUUCGCUUGGAGGGUUCGAUUUGGAUGGGCUUGAUGGGCUUGAUUGA